GCGGGUGGUGAGCAUCGGCGGAAGCAAUCAGGAUCCCAACAAUUUAACUGUAAAUAGCCCAAUAUUAUGGCGUGCAGUUGCCUUCGGCGAAAGCAAUCCGGAUCCACUCACCCACGAUGUUGCGUGUCGCUCGCGCCCUCCGCUCUCGUCUUCCCCGCAGCGGCGCCUGCCGCGCCGUCUCCACCGCGGCCCCCACGCCGACGGACGACGGCGCAGGCGAAGGGAUCUCGCACCGGAUGGUGUCCGUGAACGGUAUCAAUAUGCACGUGGCCGAGAAGGGGGAGGGCCCCACGGUGCUCCUCCUCCACGGCUUCCCGGAGCUCUGGUACACCUGGCGCCACCAGAUGCAUGGCCUCGCCGCCUGCGGGUUCCGCGCCGUCGCGCCCGACCUCCGUGGCUUCGGUGACACCGACGCGCCUCCCGCCGCCGCCGCUUACUCUAUACUCCACAUCGUCGGUGACCUGAUCGCCCUCCUCGACUCGCUUGGCCAAGACAAGGUGUUUGUGGUGGGGCACGACUGGGGGUCGAUGGUGGCGUGGAAUCUGAGUAUGUUCCGGCCGGACAAGGUGAACGCAAUGGUGAAUUUAAGCCAGGCCUUCACCCCCCGAAACCCAACGAGGAAGUCGCUGGAGUAUCUGAGGACUGUCUUUGGAGAUGAUUACUACAUGUGCCGGUUCCAGGAACCUGGAAAAAUAGAAGCAGAAUUUGCUCGCCUUGGUACUGCAUGGGUACUCAAGAAGUUUUUGACAUAUCGCAACCCAGGUCCCCUUUAUAUUACAGAGGAUCAAGGGUGGGGUAGCUCUGAUUCCAAGAUUCUUUUGCCUUCUUGGCUAUCUGAAGUUGACAUCAACUAUUAUACAAGCAAAUAUGAGAAGGCUGGUUUUACAGGAGGUUUGAACUACUAUCGGUCUUUAGACUUGAAUUGGGAACUUACUGCACCGUGGACUGGGGCACGCAUAAAAGUGCCUGCAAAGUUCAUUGUGGGAGACCUGGACCUAACCUAUCACUCACCUGGAGCCCAGGACUUCAUACAUAAGGGUGGGUUGAAGAAUUAUGUACCAUUACUCGAUGAAGUUGUUGUGAUGAAAGAAGUAGGCCAUUUCAUCAACGAGGAAAAACCCACUGAAAUCACCGAGAACAUUUGCGAUUUUAUCACAAAGUUCUGACACAGAGUGUGAAAUUAUGUAAUUGUUCCAGUUGCAAUCAUCUUCUCUCUGUAACUCCACCGUAACUUCUUGUUGGAGCUUAUGAAGGUUGCCUAUGUUUCAGUUCUCA